AUGACCUCCAGUGCAAGCUCAGAGUCCAGCCUGCUGCCUCGCACGCCUCCACCGAACCCUCAAUCAGUUGCUCUUCUUGCUGAUCCAUGGAGCACUUGUUCAACUCUUACGCCGCUCUCCAGCCGAGCUCCGAGCAUUGGCAAACGAAGCCCGUCGCCCGAUUUGUAUCCCCUUAGACUUCAUACAGGACCCGAAGGAGUUUCAAAUCUCGCAUCUGGAUAUGUGAAUAGCGGAACCUCUACGCCUCGUGCCAAAAGGCGGCGUAGUGAGCUGGACGAGUUGGGCGAGGCGUUUAAAGAACUGCUCUCCCCCCAGAGAGCCCUCCCUCUCAGGUUAAGGAACGCUUCUAGUCGCAAUGCCUCACACAGUAGCAGAAACGAUUCAUCUGCCGAUAUAUCACCUAUAACAUCUGAUAGAGAGUCGACCCCAGAAUGGUCCAAGGAGGAAUACGAAGACAUGAUCCACUCCUUGAAGGAAGAUGGAAUUGUUGAGUGCUUGCACGAAUAUCUAACGGAAAAGAAGUACAGCGUCCCGAAGAUGCUUCGAGCCUUCGGAAAGAAUAUACCAGACGAUGCACCGGAGACGACCGAUGUGCUUGUGGAUAAAUUACACACCGUAAUGCGGCAAACUCUUCGGAAACGGGAUCGUAUUGAGACCUAUAAUACUCUCAGCGAUGCUGUCAAACUCAUCUGGCGAGCUCAGAAGAUAAUGGUCCUGACUGGAGCCGGAAUCAGUGUUUCCUGUGGAGUACCAGAUUUUCGAAGUCCCGACGGGAUCUAUGCCCAAAUCAAAGCAAACGGCCAGUAUGAGUUGGAUUACCCGCAAGAGAUGUUUUCCCUUGCCGAGUUUGUCCGGCGCCCUGCAAUGUUCUAUUCAUUCAUAGGUCAACUCUGGCCAGAAGAUAUCGAGCCGUCUUUAGCCCACGAAUUCAUCCGGCAUCUAGAGAUAAAGGGCAAGCUAUUACGUAACUAUACACAGAAUAUCGACUCUCUGGAGACUGUAGCUGGAGUGGAAGCAGUGUUUGCCUGUCAUGGAAGCUUCGCCACCGCCUCUUGUAUGGACUGUGGCAAAAAGGUUCCUGGUUCUAUGAUCAAAGAUGACGCGAUCAAUGGUAGGAUACCUCGGUGCCAACCAUGCGUCGAUAAGGAUGUGCGCGAGGCAUCGCUCCAGAAGACCAUUCGUCCCAAAGCCAAGGCGGUGAAGAAGCGAAAAUCUCAAGUAGACCAAGAUAGCGAUGUCGAGGAUCCGUCCAUUACGUUCUUCGGGGAGGCGCUGGACAGCACAUUCGACAACUUGCUAUUCUCGGACAGGGAAGAGGUGGACCUACUCUUGAUCAUGGGCACUUCUCUCAAGGUGAAACCUGUUUCCGAAAUCCUCGGUCAUAUACCACAUUCGAUUCCACAGAUACUCAUCAAUAAGACGCCGAUCGAACACGCCAACCCCGAUAUAGUCUUGCUAGGUGACUGCGACGACAUUGUGGCGCGCUUGUGUCACGAGCUCGGAUAUAUCCUGCCGUCGCAGAUGGAGGAAAAGGGACAACCACGCCGGAAACGGAAGACCGAAGAGGUGAAUGCUGGAGGUGACUAUCCUCGGCGUCUAGGAGACAGCCACGUUUGGAUGUUUGAAGGCGCGAAGAUACCAAUGCCGUUUAUCUGGUCAGUUUCAGGCAUCUUCCUUGGGACGUAUGCGAUUGUGCAGAACAUCAAUAUUCCCAUCAUCAUACAACCCCAAGCCUUUGGCGCUUUGGCGGCUGUAUCUUUUGUGCAGUGCCUGUACUAUGGCUCGAAACGUUCGCGACGGUAUUGCGUUGGAAUAUUUGUGUCGUAUUGCAUCCUCUUUGCAGCUAUCGAAGUCGGGAUGGUCUACGCCGUCCGAGCGACGCUCAGGACCGGGAACACCAAGCUCCUCCGAUUCUUUGGCGUGUUCUCAGGGGUGCUGAUUUGUGUAGCGCUCAUUCCUCAAUUCAUCGAGAUCUACAAGCUCAGAGAAGUCAAGGGCAUCUCGCUCCUCUUCCUAACGGAGAUGGAUUGGGUCGCCGCUAUCACAUUUCUUGGGGUCAUUGUUCUGGAUGGUGCCAUCGUCGUCCUUGCUUUCAUCCUCAAUCCACGUGCCAAGCGACGAAGACGCGCAGACGCUCCCAGCAGUACAGGCAGCUCGCAGGACUCAGCGGUAGCAACAAUGUCAGAGCAAGGAGCGGAUCUAAGCAGGUCAUCCGGGGAAAAGACUGUGUAG